GUUUCUCGCCUGUUUGACCAUCCGUGCUAUUUCUUCUUUGAGAUAAACUACAACGAUUAUUCGUGUAACCAACAAAUCUAAUUUUUCUUUUUUUACAAAGGAAAUGUGUUUAACGAAAUCUCGCUUAUUUAGUCAUUGAUUCCGCUUCCUUUUCCAAAUAAAUCGUCAAUCAUUCGCUCGAUUGCCAAUUCUAAUUUUGCUUCGAAGCAAACUGCGUUGAUUAUUCGUAUAACCUUUUUAAUAGAAACUGUUUUUCGCCUAUUUUAUCGCCAAUUUCCUUUUCAAAAUAACAUGUAUUAAUUAUUCCUUUAAUCGCAGAUUUUAUUUUAUUUUAUUUCUAUUUCUAUUUCGUUUUAUCAUCGAUUUUCCGCCGUCUUCAAAGAAACUCACGUGAAUUACUUUAGUUGCUUUUUCAAACUAAUUUUAUUUCUUUAAUUUUAAAUUAAAAAGUAGCAACGAAAAUGCUACAAUAACGGAAAAAUUCUUCGGUUAUCUCCACAAAGAACACGAAGGUAUCGAACUUAGUGUAUUAAGACAUUUUGUUCGUUGGAAGUUAGUCGACGAUACAUUUGACAUGAUUUAAUGUGACAUCGAGAGAGAAAAAUGGUUUGAUCGAGGGUGAACUUAAUUGCUAAUUUCGUAACUUGCUGUUAAUCGAUCUGACAGUGAUAUUAGUGGAUGUGGUUGGUAGUGCCUGAUUAAUCGUGAUCGAUAUUUUGAACAAAGAGCAACGAGAAACGAUAAGUUUGGAGUUUCACUUUGACGUCGUGAGACUAUCGUUAAUUAGACAUGGAAGAAUCGUUUGGUGACAGCGAAAUGAAGGACGAGAAGAGUAACUCUAUAUUGCCCACUGAAACGAGUCGAUUGAGACCAAGAUUGGAAAGUUUCGAUGAUGUUCUGCCGUAUGUCGGUGACUACGGGAGAUAUCAAUGUCUGUUGUUAUUGUCGUUACUACCUUAUGGCGCGACGUACGCGUUUCUGUAUUUCUCGCAAUUUUUCAUUACGAUUAUUCCCACGGAACACUGGUGCAGAAUAGACGAAUUAGUAAACUCGAAUUUCACCGAAGAAGAGAGGAUUAAAAUAGCGAUUCCAGCGACGAACGUUUAUCCGUAUUACGAACAAUGUCAACGGAAGGACGUAAACUUCACGGAGCUGUUGAAGAGCGAUAAGAGCCUAAGCUCGUCGAAUUUCCAAACAAACGAAACGAUAAAAUGUACUCGAUGGGAGUACAAUUUUACGCAGAUUCCAUAUCCUAGUAUAGGAACUGAGCUAGAUUGGGUAUGCGACCGAGAGUACCUCGUAUCAACGGCGCAGUCCAUCUUCUUCUGUGGAUCCAUCAUCGGUGGUUUCCUAGUCGGUUGGAUCGCCGAUCACAAGGGUCGUAUCCCAGCUUUAAUGUUCUGCAAUGGUAUCGCUCUUUUUGCCUCCAUUUUCACUGCCAGCGCAAAUAGUUUUUGGUCAUUCGCCGUCUGUAGAUUUCUCACUGGACUGGCGUUCGAUAACUGUAUCAACAUUCCUCUGAUUAUCGUUCUCGAAUAUAUGGCUGUUUCGAAACGAACGUUGGUCGUGAAUAUCGCCUUUGGCGUAUACUUCGCAGUGGCCAGUACAAUUUUACCAUGGAUAGCCUAUUAUAUCGCGAACUGGAGAUAUUUUACUUACGUUACUGCCAUACCGCUGUUAUCUGUCGCUAUCACACCGUGGAUUCUUCCCGAGAGCGCCCGAUGGUACGUUUCCAACGGGAUGAUGGACAAGGUUGUUGAGAAACUACGGAGAAUAGCUAGAAUCAAUCGUAGAAAUCCAGACUCGCGUAUUUACGAUAUAUUCGUCAGUAACAUGGAGGCAUCGGACAGAAUUCAAGAAUCAGCGACGCUUCUUGAUCUGUUCAAAACGCCACGGUUGGCGAGAAACACUAUUCUUCUAGUUGCAUUCUGGUGUUUCACCGUAAUCUCGUUCGACGGCCACGUGUAUUCAUUAAAACUUAUCCAGAGCUCGGUGUUCGUGUCCUUCUCCAUCGCCUGUGCCACAGAACUUCCAGCUGGGUUGUUACUUGCCCUGUUGCUCGACCGAUGGGGUCGUAGACUUUGCGGAUUUCUCACUCUGGCAAUGACCUGUGUACUCAGUAUCGCUGAACUUAUGCUGUACUCCAUGCUCGCGAAAUUAGUAAUGUCAAUAUUGUCACGAUUCUGUCUGAACAUGGCAGCCAAUGUUGGUCUUCAGUAUGCAGCAGAACUUCUGCCCACGCCAGUCAGAUCGCAGGGCGUAUCUUUCAUUCAUAUUUUCGGAAUAGUUGCACACUCUUUGGCGCCAUAUAUCACUGACUCGGCUGCAAUUUGGGAGGGAUUUCCAAUGCUCAUUAUCAGCACGGUGUCCUUUUUUGGCGCUGCACUGGUUUUGUUCCUGCCGGAAACUGUCGGCCAGAAUCUUCCUCAGACUAUCAAGCAAGGCGAAGAAUUCGGAAGGGACCAACAUUUCUGGUCGUUGCCUUGCUACCGUAAGACACACUUCAAUGGACAUCAACACUAUCAUUCCUGUGAACGAUAAUUAUCUGAUUUUUAAUAAUAAUUCAAUUAAAAAGCACGAAGGAGGAUUCGUGUUUUUUUAGAAGUAACAAUAUUACAGGCGGAUCAGUCUGACGAUUUUUGUACGAGAAAAAAUCGGAACAUAUUAUUUUUCUAUUCUCCUACA